GCGCCUUUGUCCGGCCAUGGAGCGCCCCGCGCCGCUGGUGCUGAUGCUGCUGGGGAUGGUGGCCACGGGGAUGCUCGGCCGCGCGCUGGCCGGCCCAGUGGACACCGACGUCACCAUGGAGACCUGCUGCGCUGAGGGACACCACACGGCCACGCAGCAGAAGAGCUGCCCAGAGCCUCGCACUGCAGUGUCCCGGGAGUGCAGGAUGGUCCAGGAGCAGUGCUGCCAGAACCAGGUGGAGGAGCUGUUUUGCGCUAGUGGCAUCAACCUGGCUAGCGAGCAGGAGGACUGCGCGGUCACACUGGCCGAUAACAGCAGCCUGGAGGCCAUGAUUGUGAAGAGGUGCUGCCACUGCUGCCUGCUGGGCAAGGCGGCCCAGGCCCGGGGCCAGAGCUGCGAGUCCAGCCUCAUGGUGGGCUACCAGUGCGGGCUGGUGUUCCGCGCCUGCUGCGUCAAGGGCCACGAGCCGGCCGAGCUCCCCCCGGGCCACGUUGCUGACCUCCCCGAGCCCCCUAAGAUCUCUGGGGCGAUGGAGGACAUGGAUGACCCCUACCUGAACGACCGCUGCCGAGGUGGCGGGCCGUGCAAGCAGCAGUGUCGCGACACGGGGGAGGGCGUCCUGUGCUCCUGCUUUGUGGGCUACCAGCUGCAGGCGGACGGCGUGUCCUGCGAGGAUAUCAACGAGUGCAUCACGGGCACCCACACGUGCCGGCUGGGUGAAUCCUGCAUCAACACCAUGGGCUCCUUCCGGUGUCAGCGCGACAGCAGCUGCGGCACCGGCUACGAGCUGACAGAGGACAAUGACUGCAAAGAUAUUGACGAGUGCGACACUGGUAUUCAUAACUGCCUCCCCGAUUUUAUCUGUCAGAAUACUCCGGGAUCCUUCCGCUGCAGACCCAAGCAACAGUGUAAAAGCGGCUUUAUACAAGAUGCACUAGGCAGCUGUAUUGACAUCAAUGAGUGCCUGAGCACCAGCGCCCCCUGCCCGCCGGGUCAGACCUGCAUCAACACGGACGGCUCCUAUACCUGCCGGAAGAACGUGCCCACCUGUGGCCGAGGCUACCACCUCAACGAGGAGGGCACACGCUGUGUGGACGUGGACGAGUGUCAGCGGCCCUCGGAGCCCUGCGGACGGGGCCACCUUUGCAUCAACACCCUGGGGAGCUUCCGCUGUGAGUGCCAGGCUGGCUACUUCUUCGACGGUGCCAGCAAAACCUGUUUGGACAUAGACGAGUGUCGCCGCUUCCCCGGGCGCCUUUGCAGCCACCGUUGCUCCAACACACCUGGCUCCUACGCCUGCAGCUGCAGCACCGGCUUCCGCCUGGCCCCCGACGGCCGCUCUUGCGAAGAUGUGAAUGAGUGUGACAGCAAGCCCUGCAGCCAGGAGUGCGCCAACGUCUAUGGCUCCUACCAGUGCUACUGCCGACGUGGCUACCAGCUCAGUGACGUGGACGGUGUCACCUGCGAGGACAUCGACGAGUGUGCGCUGCCCACGGGAGGUCACAUCUGUUCGUACCGCUGCAUCAACGUCCCGGGAAGCUUCCAGUGCAGCUGCCCCUCCUCGGGGUACAGGCUGGCCCCCAACGGCCGCAACUGCCAAGACAUCGACGAGUGUGUCACGGGCGUACACAACUGCUCUGUCAACGAGACUUGCUUCAACAUCCAGGGCGGCUUCCGCUGCUUGGCCUUUGAGUGCCCCGAGCACUACCGACGCUCCGCCAGCAGCCGCUGCGAGCGUUUGCCAUGCCACGACAACCUGGAGUGCGCCCAGCUGCCCCUGCGGAUCACUUCCUACUACCUGGCCUUCCCCACCAGCAUCCAGGUGCCCGCCGUGGUCUUCCGCAUGGGCCCGUCCAGCUCGGUGCCCGGCGACAGCAUGCAGCUGGCCAUCACAGACGGCAACGAGGAAGGCUUCUUCAGUGCCCGCAAGCUGGGCCACAGCGGGGUGGUGGCCCUCACCAAGCCGGUGCCCGAGCCCCGAGACGUGCUGCUGACCGUCAGGAUGGACCUGUUCCGCCACGGCACUGUCAGCUCCUUUGUGGCCAAACUCUACAUCUUCUUGUCCGCCGAGCUCUGA